GCCGUCCUGGAGGACUAUGCAGAUCCCUUUGAUGCUACCCAAGUGGCUGGUAGCCAGACAGGACUCGAGAAGGUGAUGGAGAAUGAUGGAUAUAUGGAACCGUAUGAAGCCCAGAAGAUGAUGGCUGAGAUCCGCCAGAAGGGCUUACGGGAGGCUCCAGCCCGGCCACUGCACCUCUACGACACUCCCUACGAGCCUGUGUCCGGGGCGCUGGACACGGACGGGGAGCGCCUGGCCUGCCCGAGGCCCAGGGAGUCCCGGCUGCCCGAGGACGAUGAGCGGCCACCUGAGGAGUACGACCAGCCCUGGGAGUGGAAGAAGGAGCGUAUCUCUAAAGCUUUUGCAGGCCAGGCGGAGGGCCUGGGGUACAGCCGGACUUCGCCCUGCAGGGAGGAGAAGGCCAGAGCUGCCCUCAGACACGGGACCAGCAACCUCAAGAGCACAAAGACGCUGAGCUUGGAGCCAGGGCCCUUCCUUGGGGAGAGGAUUGACCCAGCCCUGCCCCUGGAGAGCCAGUGCUGGUACCACGGGGCCAUCAGCCGGACAGAUGCGGAGACGCUGCUGAGGCUCUGUAAGGAGGCCAGUUACUUGGUGCGCAACAGCGAGACCAGCAAGAACGACUUUUCCCUUUCCUUGAAGAGCAGCCAGGGCUUCAUGCAUAUGAAACUGUCCCGGACCCAAGAGAAUAAGUAUGUGUUGGGCCAGCACAGCCCGCCGUUCGACAGCGUGCCGGAGAUCAUUCAUCACUAUGCCAGCCGCAAGCUGCCCAUCAAGGGGGCUGAGCACAUGUCCUUGCUGUACCCGGUGGCUAUCCGUACCCUAUAGUCCUUACCCUGCACGAGCCUGGCUCGAGGCCG